AUGUCACCCGGGCUCCUGCGGCAAGGAGACCAUGCCCGUCGCUACAAGGACACCGAAGACUUCGCUGAAGCGUCUGCAGAUCAACCCGGCCAACUGGAAAGACCUCACUCGAGGCCGGCCGACCUGGAGGCGGGCAGUGAAAACAGGCGCAGCGAUCUAUGGAGCCAAUUAAAUCACCAUCGCAGAAGCCAAACGCGGGACUCGCAAAUCCCAAAUGCGCCCACCUCGCAACGGCACGGUUCAACAACCCCCGACAUGCCCACGCUGCCAGUGGACGUUUCAGGCACCGAUUGGUCUUGUAAGACAUCUCCAUACCAACUGCCGCACCCGGACGACACCAAUCGAUACCCCCGUCCGCCUUUAUUCCGCCCACACGCUGACAAUCCACACUAACCGCAGUCCUGAAUCCAGACUGCCAUCCUCCUCAGUCGUCUCAAUAUCCUCUGCACUCAUUGCCACUGUACCCAAUUCAAACACAUUAACAAACACUAACCUCACCACCGCCAUCACCAGCGAUGCGGACUUGGUUCAUAUCUGUCCUCAUUUCGAUCAGGCAUUCGCCUCACACAUCGACCUGGUCGGUCACUUUGGCAUCCAUCGUACAGAGACUGGCAAACUAAUGUCUGGAGCACCGACCUACACUCCCUGCAUUCGUUUCUACUGUCCUUACUGCACCCGCACAUUCACUCACCGCAGUGGACUUCUGGGUCACAUGAGUGUCCGCGAGAGCGAAACUGACCGUAUUCUCGACACACCUGGCACCCCCUGCAAUUCCCCCAUGCCUAGAUCAACCCAAACCCACAGCAUCCACCACCAACAGCUCAACCACUGCCACCAUCUCCGUAAUCGACACUGGCACCACCGACUUUUCAUGUCCACACUGUCCCCAUACAUUAACCUCACGCACCGGCCUGGUGGGUUACGCGCGAAUCCAUUGUACAGAGACUGGCAAUUCAUUGCCUAGAGCACCAACAUGAACCCGACGCAUCCGCCUCAACUGCCUUCAUUGCAUCCACGCGUUCACCCACAGCAUGGGCCUAUCAGGCCACAUGUGCAUUCACGAAGACCUGCGGCAGAUAACCGCCGGACUAACCACACCACAUCUUCCCCCGCUUGCAUCACACAACAUCAUCACCCACCAAAAGCAUCCAAUUGCCAUCUCGCACGCAAGUGGGAACUGUGCGCCUCGGUUCCGUUUCCAUGCUGCUUCUUUGCUGCACGUGUAAUUCGAAUCUGAGGCUACCACGGCGCGCCAAGCGUAUGUACGUUCGUACGUCACCGUUCCUACUCCCACCCUGCUGUGAAACACACGGUGGACAUCGUCGAAAAUGACGGUCGAAAUAUUGCGUGUGUGUGUGGGUGGGGUCUAGGGCUGUACAGCGUAGGUUCAUGUGAUGCUCAUGGUAGGUCGCUUACGUGCUUGCAGGUGCAGACAACGCCUAGCGUCCAUUUUCUGACACCAAACUCUCAUAUGUGGCCCCCCGAAGCUGGGCUCUGCCUCUCAGCCACACGCCGGUAACCGCCUCGACCGGCAGCUAUACCAGGUGAGGGUAUCCGUUUGUGCAUCUGCGCGCACGCUACUGUGAACUCUGCUGGCCAGACGGAUCUUCGCGUCGGCAUCCUCGAGACGAGACUCCGCCUGGACCACCGCAGGAGGCCACGAGGUAAGUGAAUCCCUAGGUUAUCGAACUUUGUUCCGUUUCCUUACUUGCCUGUUAGUUUUACAUGCUGUAUGUUCCAACGUGUCCUCGAUGUCAACGGACAUUACGGGCUGAAAUCGGACUUGCUGGACAUCUUCGGAUUAACUGGGCCUCUCGAACGGCACCAACCAUCGUCCCCCCGCCUGCCUCUUCCUCCUCCUCUCCGCCGCCAACUAACCCUGACAAUUCUUCUGACCCACCACUUCCAUCAUCAUCCUCCUCCUCCUCCUCCUCCUCGCCCACUGCUCCAACGGCGGCCGCUCAGGCGACUGUCCCACGCACAGCAACCGAACUACCACCACCUCCCCCGACUCCAGGGAUGAGGAUCAGGACUACACCUGCCCUCACUGCGACCGUACAUUCACCUCACACAUCGGUCUGGUCGGUCACUUGCGAAUCCAUCGCACAGAGCCUGGCGAACCAGUGCGUGAAGCACCAACCUACACCCACCGCACUCGCCUGCACUGUCCACACUGCCCUCGCACCUUCAGGCGUCGCAUGGGCCUUUUCGGCCACAUGCGCAUCCACGAGAGCGGCCUUGACCGCACUCCGACACACUCACUACAUCCGACACAUCCACCGUGCACACCCCCACUCUCGUUCCAUCCGUCCGCGACACCACCACCACCGCCUCCUCUGUAG